GCCUAGUACCGCCGGUAUAACGAGGAUCAAGCCUCUACCUGUAACCCCUGAAACUACACCUCACCCAUCGUGAGUAGUGGGGGGGAUUCUGGAGCUGCCCUGUGUAGGUCACCCGGCCUCUUGCAGUUUCCCUAUGUUCUUUUGUUCUUAUGUUCCGUGAUGCUAAGUUAAGGAUGGGAUGUCUCAUGACCCGGACGACCUGCCCAGACCCAGACCACCGGAGGCCGCCACGAGAGGUGCUUGCGGAGUUGUGAAUAGUGCACACUCACAUUCAGUAAAGGGGAGGCCAGCACACUCUCAGGAGGAUACCUUGAGGACGAUAAGGAAGGCCCAGUAAGGGGCUGCCGUGCCCGCCGCCAUGUACGGCCCGCAGACCCUCACCUGCAAGAACCUGCAGGACUACCUCAAGUCCCUGAGCCGCGACACCCUGGACAGGCUGUACAACCACCCCGCCACCUGCCUGGCGGUCUUCAGAGAGCUUCCAGCCCUAAGUCGACAGUUCAUCCUGCGCCUCCUGUUUGUCAACAAGCCAGUUGCCCAGGUCCUGCUGGCCUCAUGGAUCCCCCAGCAUGAUGCAGGCAGGGAUGUCGGGGACAUUGCGGCAGAGCACCGCCAGGGUACGCAGGUGCUGUUGGACAUGUGUAUCUGGCAGGAGGUGAAAGACCAUCAGGGCAAUACAGCCAUCAGACUGAGCUCCACCUUCCGUGAGAACCUAAAGAUGGCCAUGCUUGGAGGAGGCAAGCCAUGGACUAUGUCAGCCAGUCUGGAUGCAGAUCCCCACCAAAGGGAUUUGGAUUUCCUUGACAAAUAUGCCAUGGAUCGCUGGGAGAGUGUGCUUCAGUUUCUGGUCCAGCCAGGGCGAGGACCCAAGGCAAUAUCCCGUGAUGCCAUGCGAACUCUGCUUCAUGCAGGCCUUAUAGAGAGCAGCGGGGAGUCUGAUAACAUGCAGAUUACCAGCUCGGGCUUCCAGUUCCUUCUCUUGGAUACAGCAUCACAGGUGUGGUUUUUCAUCCUCAAGUACCUGGAGACAGUGACUGAACGUGGCCUCAGUCUUGUUGCCUGCCUCACCUUCCUCUUCAAGCUCUCCUUCUCCACACUUGGAAAGGACUACAGCAUGGAGGGCAUGAACAAUGAGCUUCUUACAUUCCUGCAACACUUACGAGAGUUUGGUCUAGUGUACUUACGGAAGAGGAGCUCAGGGAGGUUCUACCCAACAAGGCUUGCCCUCAACAUCACAGCUGGUCAGAACAAGGGUAACAUAGAUGUUCCAAAGCAAGGAAACCUGAUCAUUGAGACCAACUACCGCAUCUAUGCAUACACCACUUCUGAGCUGCAGAUUUCUCUUCUUGCCAUUUUUUGUGACAUUGAGGGCAGAUUCCCCAACAUGGUGGUGGCAAGCAUCUCCCGCAGCAGUGUUCGUCGAGCCCUCUUGAAGGGUAUUGGAGCAGAGCAGAUCAUUAGUUUUUUGAAGCAACAUUGUCACCCAGAGAUGUACAAGCUGAGCAGUGUUGUUCCUCGCACAGUGGCUGACCAGAUCAAGUUGUGGGAGAUGGAGAGAGAACGCUUGGAGUUUACUGAAGGAGUGCUCUACAAGGACUUCAUGUCACUCCAUGAUUUUAGUUUGCUAUCCAAUUAUGCUUCCAGCAAUGGUGUUCUGAUUUACUCCGAUGAAAAGCAAAGGACAAUGGUGGUAACAAAAAAGGGACAUCCAAGCAUCAAGACAUUUUGGAAAGAGGAGCAGUCCAAAUAACACCAAAGGAAGACUCAGUUUCCAGAGGAUGCAUCAAUCAGCCUGUCCUGAUGUCUGUACCCCAAAACUCUUGUCGAGAUAGAGACUGUGACACUCCUCUUUGCUGUCUGCAUACUGUCCAUGCCUGUCUCGAUCAUCUCACUUGCUCCCUUCAAGACUGCUCCUGAAGUUUAACAAACAGCUGGAAUGUCCCACAACUGUGUGCAAAGCAUGUCUCCAUUUAGGGUUGUUGGAGCGUUACAAAUGAUGUGCACCACAGCUUGUUGGAGGGUUGCAACACCUGGCAGUGAGUGCAGUGCACCACACCUGAAAGAAGCAUUUAAGUGACACCACAAUCCACCACAGUCUGGUUCCUGUGGCAAUCCAUCGUGUCUGAAAGUGCAGAAAGCCUCCACCUUUUCUCAAGAGCCUCUUUUUUUGGUAUUUUUGACAAGUACAUUUUUUUAGGCCUGUAUUUCUCAUUUCGUUGUGCCAAUACUCAACUUUUCCACACACCCUGUACAAUUUCAACUCUAAUCAUUGUAUAUACCAUAUAAUAUUGAAACCUAAAGUAAUAUGUUGUGAUCGCUGAAAUUCUCCCCCAUUUGGUGGUGAUAAUUAAUGCAAAUUAUAUAAAUGGUUAAAAAUGUGAUUUUUUAACUUAAAAUGUAUUCCUGCAAAUUAUUUAAUAAGAACA